ACACGGAAGAAAUAGCAAAUGACAUUAAAGUACAAAGAAAAAAUAACAUCAAACAAGUUGAGGACUUUAAUUGUGCUUUUCCCGGUUAAACAUUUCUUAACGUAAACUAAUUUUCAAUUAAGAUGGCGAGAAGUGUUUCUUUUUUCAAACCACGAUCAUUAUCAAAAUCUAACAAUCUGAUGUCAAAAAWCGGAUAAUCCUAAUGAUCAGUUYSAGUGGAGAAAAGUUUCAAAUGUUCUUUCGAACCACGUUUCCACGCAAAACUCAUAAGGGUUUAUACGAUAUUCAAAUAUCAUAAAGAUGGAAAUCUUCAAAUGUCUCGCAGUCCAUCUGCUGAUCUCUUCGCCUCGAGUGUUCAAAUACGAGCUUGGACGAGUUUCAAGAUGGCGGCUUUUUUUCUAACCACAAUCCUUUGCAAACUCAGCUCAAUUCCACGUCCAGAUAUAAUUAUUACGACAAAAAUCUUGAAAAUGCGUUGUAAUCCCUCAGUUAAUCCUAAUMCCUAGUUUGUUUUGAGUGCUCGGAUAGGUAAACUAAAUGCUUAAAGCCCUARGUUUCAAAAUGGCGGCGAAGAUUUUUUUUACCAUAAUCCUUUAGAAGCGUCGUCUUAAUGAAAUGUUCAAAUAUCAUAUUGAUAAGAAUCUUGAAAUGUCUCUUAAUCCAUAUCUUGAUCAAAAUUGCCGGCUUGCCUCGAGUGUGUUCAAAUCACAGCGCUCUACUGAAAGCCGCUUAGAAAUAAGAUCCAAAAUGGCGAAGGAUUUUUCACCUGCGCCCGGAAUAAUCUUAUACGGAGUUGUUUGAAUAUUGAUAAUGAUUUCCAUCAUUUCCAUUUUGAUUUCUACAGCUGACUAAAGUUAAAAGAGCUUGAUUAGAGAUAAACAAAUUACUCAGAAAAAAAAAACAAACAAAAAAAUAUACUAGUUUUCAAAAUGGCGUCGUAUUUUUUAAUUCUUCACUUUGCAUUGAAAGCCACAUCGUCACAUUUAAAUACGCUGGAACUAAAAUACCACCAAAAAUUACAGUAAUCUUAAAAUGCGUUAUAGUCUUAAUCCCCCCUUUUUCGCCUCGAGUAGGAAAAAACUGCUGAAAGCUAUAUUUAUAAAACUGACAAGGUUUUAAAAUGGCGGCGGAUAGUUUUGGAUCGACCUAAUGCCUAAAAACAUCGAUAAAGAUCACAGCAAAAUAAAAAGUCUCGUAAUUCAUUUACUCCUCUUUAUCCCCAGUUCGUUUCGACAAAGUUAAAGUAAACAAAUUAACCCUGAAAGCCAAGAGGUUUCAAUGACGGAUUUUUUUUCAUUUUUUUUUUCAUUUUUGGCCAAGAUCUUCUGCAGUCUUAUCUUAAUGCGAUAUGUGUAAAUAUAUAUCACAAUAAUGAAAAACUUUAAAUAUCGUGUAAUCCUUCUGUUUUCCUGGAGUGUUUAUGUACAUUAAGCUUAAAAGAUUGUCCACGUAUUUUCUGAUAAGACUUGAAAAUUUGGACAUCAAAAACGACACCUCAUGUCAUCCGAUAUCGACAUUUAUUAAAAUGGUCACGUAAACAGUUAUUAAAGCCGAGGUAAAUAAUGUAUUUUAAUAGCUUAAUGGUUUUUUUUUUCAUGGUGUAGGCAUUAAAUGCAAUUGAUGACAGUWACUGAUCUAUAAAAUAUACACUAUGAAAAUGCACGCAGUUAAAAAUGCGACUUCCGUGGAUUUUAUGGUAACAUUCGCCUGAUUCAGUUGUUUUAAUUGAAUAUGUGCCGACUUUAAUGAAAAUUUAGUUUGCAACAUAAGUGUCUCGGGAAGGGGGAUUUUAAUUACUUAAGAAUAAAAAAAAAAAAAGAAAUCCUUUGAACUAGAUUAUUUAAACAUCUUAGGCAGCCGAAAAUACUUGUAAUUAUUUUAUGUCCUUUUGAUUAAGAGUGGAAUUGCACAUUCAAAUACUCUCACUUUACAACGGCCAUCAUCAUCAUCAUCAUGUUCCGUCAUCAUUAUCAUCAUCAACAUCUCUCUUAUAUACAAUACAAUGACUUAUAGAGUACAAUAAUAUGUCAACAGCAUCUAGUUGAUCGUUUCAAGUAAACAAAUCUUUUCUUCGUUAAGAAUUGAAUGUAUAACUCAAGGAAGUCUUAUUGCACGAGUUCACUUCAUGCCCCGAAGGACACCGUACGACUCGACUUUUGCCGAAGGGAAUUGAAUCAAUGUACUUUUUGUCUCGAAUUCUUAUUACUAAAACUGUACAAUCAAAUAACUUAAGCUUUUAAUAUCGCAUUUGUACGUACUUCCAACAGGGCGAGAAUUGAUUUUUUCUGAGUGUGCCGGAUGAAUCACUUGUGCGCUUCGUGCUAUUUUUAAGUUUUAACUCAAGAUGCAUAAAAAAACAACAUUUCUAGAUCCGGAACUGAGACACGUAAGAUAACACGGACGAUGCAAAUAAGGCCUAGAGGCCCACAGUGACGAUUACCACAUUGGUUUGCAUACAUUAAAAACACAGAAGAUUGAAGUAGAUGUAACAUUCUAGUGUUGUUAACGAGGCCACUGGCUAAAACGUGGACUAAAUCGUCUAAACACUAAAAAAAAUGAUGGAAGAGUUUAAAGAUCCAAUCGAUCGGGGCGCUGAGGACAAGAUUGACGAAGAGAUUUUAGCUUUGGUGGCUGAGAGAGCAGCAAGAAGACGAGCUGCAGUAAAAGAGCGCGAAAAAUCGAUUGUAAAAGCGCAAAAUCGCAACACAUGUCUUCUAACGAUUAAUGUUAGCGGACAACGAUUCAUGGUUGACAAGGAAAUCUUCAGUCGUUUCCCUGAUACUCUGUUAGGUAGCACAACGCGAGAACGCUUCUUCGACACCAAAAGAAAGGAAUACUUCUUCGAUCGCGACCCAGAGGUUUUCAAAUACAUUAUAAUAUUCUAUAAAACUGGUAAACUUCACUUCCCGGAGGAAGAAUGCGCUUCGUGCUUUGAUACCGAAUGUCGUUACUUUGGUAUUCAUACAGAACUUAUGACGGAYUGUUGUCAUGAGCCUUUCGGCGAACAAAAAGAAGAACUCGAGGAUUAUUUAAAACGAACUAAACCCAUUGAGAUACCAGAACAAGAUCCAAACCCAACGUUUCAGCAACGACUCCGUCGCUCGAUGUGGAAACUCUUCGAGGAGCCAGGAGGGAACAUAUUUGGUCUAAUGAUGCACUAUAUUUCAGCGGUGUUUAUUGUAAUUAGUGUUGUAAGUUCGGUAGUGGAGACUAUACCRUGYGGWAUUCAACGAUGCGGCCAAAAAUACGCAAAACAAUUCUACCUUACGGAAGCCGUUUGCGUAACUCUYUUCACCGCAGAAUACGUUUCACGUCUUUACGCAGCGCCAAAACGUUGGGAAUUCGCUAAGAAGUUUCUAAGUGUCAUUGACUUGAUAGCUAUAUUGCCGUUUUACGCGGGACUUAUUACGCCGGAAGCAUCYGAAGGACCGUUUACGGUGUUACGUGUUUUUAGGAUUUUCCGUAUMGUGAAAAUGUCACGUCAYAGCACCAAAGUACAGCAGGCUGGUAGCUCGUUACGRGAAAGYUUCUCAGAACUCAGUUUYGUGUUUGCGGUGCUGGCSGUAAUGAUCAUAAUCUUCUCGUCUGUGAUAUUYUACGCGGAGAGCAGUUAUCARGACACGGACUUUAGCAGUAUCCCAGCAACGUUCUGGUAUACUAUUGUUACUAUGACAACCCUAGGGUAUGGCGAUCUAGUACCCGAGAGCAUUGUUGGACGUCUGACUGGUGCCCUGUGUUCACUAAGCGGUAUCCUGGUAGUGGCUUUGCCUGCACCAGUGCUUGAAAAGAACAUGAAAAAAGCGAGAAAAGGCGAAGAGGACGAUAGAAUACCCCUAACAUGGCGAGACAGUGAAACCAACGAAACUGAAGCCACCGAAGAGGCAAUACAAACUGAAAAUACGACGAUAAAAAACGCACAAUCUACGUAGUUCAGUUAUCGGACGAUAUAGCUCGUGAAAUAGUAUUAUUGCAACGACGCGGCGAUAAAAGAAAACGUUGAAAUUAUGAAACUUUGAAAUAUCUCGUUACUCGGUAUAAAACUUUGUCAUAAAGCAAUAACGAAUGGCUCUCGGUUGAAGCGCCACGUCUUCUCAUAUAUUCAAGAUUCAACAAACCUUUCGAUUCAUCGUUACUGAAUGUAAAACCUUUAUUCUCCGCUCUAACUUUCAAUGCCGUUUAAACGGAAGCUAACUCUCGUCCAACAAACAUUGUAGGUGGGGGAAGGGUGGGCUAGAAUUUAAUUGGUCAAAUUGACCAUUUGACAACUCCUUUUUCAUUGUCUGAUAAACAUUGACUCAGUGAAGCUCUUUUGCAAAAAUAUGACAUUUUCUACCAUUGUACGUUCUAAUCUAUUUAUCUUGCUUCACUUUGAUAUUUUGACUCGUAACUUUGAUACRUUGGAAGUUGAUAACAUAAUAAAAACCAUGGAUAUUUCUACCAGUGCGUCUUGCGUAAUAWAAAACAAUUUUGAAGCAAUAAACGUAUUAAUAUGUAGCCAUCUGUAGCCAUUAAAUAUCUCCMAAAUCAA